AUGGAGUGGGCGAGGGCUGCCGCAGCUGGCGCCGGCGGCUUGGCGCACCUGGGCAGCCUGUGGUACGGCCAGCGCUGUACCUGCCAGGUCGAGUUGGGAGAUGGUUUCUCGGUGGACCGUGAGCUGCUGCGCCUGCUGGAAGGUCAGCUGCAAAGGUGCGGGCCCGCCAACCUCACGGUGCCGGCGCCGUGCCCGCCCCCAGAGUGCUCUGGCUACCCUGGACUGGUGGUCCUCCUGGUGGCGGUGCUGGCGUUCCUGGCAGGAUCCGCCGCUGCUGCAUCCUGUGGCUGGUGGUGCUGGAGUCGCUCGGAGUGUCGUGCCACGUCGGAGAGCGCGGAGACGCCGUACCUGACCGACGGCUCGUGGGUGGUGACUACACCCGGGAGAGACAUGUAUCUUGAGGACCUCAGGGAGGGCGUCGAGAGCCUCGUCUUGCUGGGCCCCAUGGGAGGCUUGCCGAUCGGGUGGAACCGUGGGCCUACACACCUGUUCAGGCACUCGUCCCAGGGCCCGCUGCGCCGCGAGGAGAGCUUGAGGCUCCAGACGGAUGGCGCGGAGCUGGCCCUGCAGGAGAGGCGUGAGCUGGUCCUGGCCGCUUCUCCGCCGCUGCCGCCGCCCGCGGGCGCGCCCCCGCCGCUGGCGCUGGAGGGUGUGCCUAGCUCGGGCGAUGGAGGGUGGCGGUAUUCGGAGAACCGCGGUGGUGCUCGGCUGGGCGAGCGCGUCGGCGACGCGGAGCUGGAGGCGGGCUGCCAUCGAGGAGAUCGUGGAGUGGCCCUGGUCGGCGACGUCUUCGUGGCCUGCUCGUUCUUCCGGCCGGGCCAGCAGAUGCCUGCGCCGAGGGAAGUGGAGGAAGCGGAGCCUGUGUCCAACGAGCUGCGCACACUCCCGGUGAAGUACGAGACGGCCAGCCAGCGGCGUCGCCCCUACAAGGAGGCCGCCUCGCUGACCACGACGACGGCGUUCGAGGACUGGCCGAUCAGCGGCCCGAGGACGGCGGAGUGGCUGGCGCGGGAGAUCGUUCGGCAGGAGCUCACGCCCGUGCGCCGCCACUUCUGGUGGAGACAGCUGCUGGGCCUGGGCCCCAGCGAUUGGGGCGUCGGAGAGCACGAGUCCUUGAGCCGCCUCUUCGAGUACGCGCUGACGUACGACCAGCUGAACUUCGGCGAGUUGGCGUCGCUGUGCGCCCGCGUGCUAAUUGCGGCGACUGCGGGUGGCGACAGCGGCCACCUCGACAACGACUGGCUGUUCAUGGGCCAGGAGGGCCGCCAUGGUCGCGCGCUUGUGGCGCCUGCCCUAGAGUCGUGGAUCUCCCAGAAGCUGUCCGAGGAGAGCGCGGUGCUCAAGGAGCGCCGCAAGGCGAAGGAGGGGCGGCAGCUGGCCCGCUCGACCGAGGCGUGGCUGCAGGACGGCAUCUCGACGCUCAACGUUCUGGGCGGCCGCGGCGAGGAGUGGGGCCCCAAAGUGCUGCCAGGUGCUAUCCAGCGCCAGGCUGUGGCCAGCCUGGCCCGGGCCUACUUUGCCGUGCCGCCGCCGCCCGACGACCUCGCCGCCUCGGGAGCGUGGUCUGCGCUUCGGGGCUGCGGACCCGGCUACGCCGUUGCAGGUGUUGUCGCCGGAGAGUUCGCGACCUACCAGCGCGGCAGGCUUGCCCUGCCAGCGGUCGGUAACCAGGCGAUCGACCUCGUCAGUUGCCUGCCCGACCACUACCAGAAGUUGCUGGAGGAUAGUGGCCGCGCUAUUCGGCUACCAGCAGUGUGUACAAGGGGCGCGGCGGCAGAGGUGGACGGGUUGGGCCUUGCGAUGGAUCCUAUCCUGGCUAGGUCGCCCAGCAAGUACGCCGAGUUUUUGAUGUCUGCAUGCGAAUCGGGCGUCGUCGAGCCGGCGACUGAGGUUCGCAGUUUUGUGGGAGUCUUCUUUGUGCGUAAGAAGGACGGCUCGUUGCGGAUCAUCUUCGAUCCCCGAAGGACGAACUCGCAGUUUGUACCUCCCGAUAGUGUUGCUCUGGCUUCUCCUGAGGCCCUGGGUGAUCUUGAGUUGCCUGCCGGCCAGCGGUUGUGGGUCAGUGAGGGCGAUGUCGAGAACUGCUACUACCAGUUCCUGCUGCCUGACGACCUGAGGGCCGACUUCGUGCUACCGGCGGUGCCUGGGAAGCUGCUGCCACGGAGCCUGCGCCGCUUGUUCCCGCCCGGGAACGACUUCGUUCACUUCCAGGUGCGCGUGGUGCCGAUGGGCUGGAGCUGGGCCGUGGCGCUGGUGCAGGCGGCGAACGAGGAGCUGCUGCGAGCUGGUCCGCAAGGGGCCCGCCGCUGGAUCUGCAAUCGCCGCUGCGCGCCGGCUGUCGCCGGGCGUGAGCCCGCUGCUCUCCUGUACAUCGACAACUUCGCCUCGCGGGGGACUGUGAAGGAGGCAGUCCAGCUCGACGGCGACUCGAUGGAGAGGCAGCUGAGGGGACGCGGUCUGAGUACUCGCGACAUCUCGGGGCCGCAGGUUGACGUGGGCCUGCUCGGGUUCCACGUCGACGGGGUGAAGGGGGCGAUCCACAUCGCGCCCAAGCGGUUCUGGAGGCUGGUCAUGAGUCUGGACUAUAUCCUGAAGCACCCCAUCCUGACGGGAGCCGAGCUAGAGCGACUGAUCGGGCAUUUGACGUACGUGCUGCUGCUACGACGCGAGGUGCUCAGCUUGCUCAGUGCAUCCUACGUCUUUGUCAGCAAGUGCUACGCUCGGCGCGUGCGGCUCUGGCCUUCGGUGCGCCGAGAGCUGACCUGGAUGCGAGCACUGCUGCCGCUGGUGUGGGCGGACCUGCGCGGCGCCUGGGCCCCCGGCGUGAUGGCCGUGGGCGCCUCGUUGACUGGCUUGGGCGCGGUGGAGCGCUCCGCGGACCCACGCGACGUCGGGCGCAUCGGCCGAGUUAGAGAGCGCUGGAGGUUCAAGGAGAGCGAGCUGGUGGCCGAAGGCUCGCGUGCACGCGCCUUGCGUGAAGGCGCCGUCGGCGACUCUCCGUUCCCCGACGUGCCGUCUGACUUCUGCAAGGCCGCCUCGUGGAAGACCGUGGCCUCGAGACGGUGGCGUCAUCGUGCCCCCAUCCAUCUUCUCGAGGGCGAGGCGCUGCUAUGGGCCAUGCGACGGCAGGCGAUGGGGCCCUCUACCCAGCAGAGCUACCUGAAGUGCCUCAGUGGCCUCUGCAGCUGUCUCGGAGUGGAGACGCUGCCCAGCUGGAUCGCGCUGGAGUGGGUCGACGCACUGCUGCAGUACCUGAACGACGAGUUCGCGCAGGGAGUGCGGCCGAACAGGGCUGCGAAGAUGUUGUCGGCGGUGCUCUGGGCGCGACCAGCGCUGGGGCGGCCCCUGCGGGUGGUGCUGCCGAGGCGCAGCCGGGCGCUGCUGGGCGGGAAGCGCAAGCGGCCUGGCCCCUCUCGCCCGCCGCUCCCCGGGCUGGUGCUCUGCGGCGUGCUGGAGCUCCUGCUGCUGAAGCGGGAGGUGGCGAUGGCGUGUGCUCUCUGCCUCAUGUUCCACGGCUACCCUCGGCCCGGAGAGCUCCUGGCGAUGAAGGGCGGGUUUCACUGGUGGGCGCUGGUGCUUCAUCCAGAGGAGCUGCUGGUGCCCAGCAGGACUGUCGAGCUAGACCACUCGCUGCCGCUGGACGUGCCCGAGCUCCAUUGGCCUACCCCCGUGCUCAGGGAUCUGAAGGCGCGGUGGGAGCUCCGCGGGCCGCUGUGGAGUUUCGGCUACGUGCAGCUGCGCGAGGAGCUCGAGAGCGCGCUGGCGGUGCUGGGUCUUCAGCGCAUCGGCGCCACGCUGUACUGCCUACGGCACGGAGGAGAAAGCCACGAUCGAAUCGUGGGAAGGAGGUCGCUCGAGGAGGUGGCCAAGAGAGGCAAAGGGCUAGCCCGCCUGUCCGUGCGGAGGUACGAGACGCACGGCCGCCUGGUGCUGCAAGUGGCGCAGGUGCCGCCCCCGGCAGAGACUGACGCCGCGGUUCGCCAGCUGCUCACCGCGACGCUCCACAGAGUGCGCCUGGGGCGAGAUAGGGUCGCCGUCGAGGUCUUCGCUGGGUCAGGCCGUCUCGCCUCGGCGCUUCGCGCCAAAGGCAUCCCCGCGGUCGAGUGGGACAUCAUUCGAGGAGCACUGUUUGAUCUCACCAAGGCGUCCAGUGUUGAA